AUGAGCUUCCGGCGCAGUGGGGGACUCCUCCCCAGCAACUUCCGACCUUGUCUACCCCAGAAUCACCUCCGCAUUCGCUCCACCUUACCGCCGCUCUUAUCCCGGAGGUUUCACGCCAGCUCGCUGCUAUGGGGGAUCAAGUCACAGGUGUUAAAGGAUGUUGGUGAAGGUAUCACCGAGGUCCAAAUCAUUCAAUGGUAUGUGGAGGAGGGAGCGCAUAUUGAGGAGUGGAAGCCUCUAUGUCAGUAUCAGUCUGAUAAGGCCGUGGACGAUAUCACAUCGAGAUAUGAGGGUGUUAUUAAGAAGCUUCAUUUCGAAGCUGACGACACAGUACCUACGGGGAGGGCACUCUGCGAUAUUGAAGUCGAAGAUGGAAAAUACCCCGACGAUAACCCUCCGCACGAGCCUAGAGCGGAUCCACCUGCCCCAGACUCCAUUGUGGCUGCAACACAAGCAGCCGAAUCCUCUCAAAUAUCUCCGGCUCCUGAUAUCCCAAAGGUGGAGAUAGCGCCCAAGUCAAAGCACGCAAGUCUCGCAGUCCCAGCGGUACGCGGGCUACUGAAAAGCCAUGGCGUGGACAUCGUCCAAGUAAACGGAACAGGCAAAGACGGACGAGUAAUGAAACAAGACGUCCUCGACUUCGUCGCAGACAGAGAUUCACCAACUGGGUCAACGCCACUCCCGACCCAAGCCUCUGUGUCACCAGACACAAGACAAACAGAGUCAAUCACCAACCUGACCCCGAUCCAAUCACAAAUGUUCAAGACAAUGACCCGAUCCCUGAAUACCCCACACUUCCUCUACGCAGACGAACUCAAAGUCAACGACAUCACGGCCAUCCGCAAGAAACUCGCCAGCGACGCCCGCGACCCCAAGAAAAUAACUUUCCUCCCUUUUGUCGUUAAAGCCGUCUCCUUAGCCCUAACCGACUACCCAAUUCUCAAUGCCAAGGUUGAUGUUAGCGAUCCUAACAAGCCCAAGCUAGUAAUGCGCGCCAAGCACAAUAUCGGGAUCGCGAUGGAUACGCCAAACGGUCUAAUCGUCCCGAAUAUCAAGGACGUCGCCAGUCGUUCGAUCUUCGAUAUUGCCGCUGAGAUCGCGCGUCUCAGUGACCUUGGCAAGAAUGGGAAAUUGACACCAACUGAUCUCAGUGGUGGGACUAUCACCGUUUCGAAUAUUGGGAAUAUCGGCGGUACGUACGUCGCGCCGGUUAUUGUGCCGACUGAGGUUGCUAUCCUUGGUGUGGGUCGAUCGAGGGCUGUUCCGGUCUUUGAUGAUGCUGGCCAGGUAACACGCGGGGAUAUGGUUAACUUUAGCUGGAGCGCGGAUCAUCGUGUUAUUGAUGGAGCGACUAUGGCUCGGAUGGGUAAUCGGGUCCGUGAGCUAGUUGAGUCGCCGGAGCUUAUGCUUUUGAAAAUGCGGUGA